AUGAAACGAAAAUUACGACAAAAGAAGAGGAAGAGACGUUUUUCAAGAAAACAACAAAAUAAUCAUACUUCUUCGCCUACUCUAUCAUUAUCACGAUCACGAUCACAAUCAUCAUCAUAUGUACGAUUAUCAAAAUCAUAUUCAUCAAAAAUUUUUGCUGCCUUACGAUCACUUGAUCGUGCAAGUGUUAUGCAAGCUCAACAAUUAAUGACUCAUUUUAUCAAUGGAAUAUUUCAACGAUCAGCUAAUGAUGCAAUAAAUAUAAGUUAUAAUCAACAAUAUCCUUCAUCUCCUCUAUAUUAUUUAUUUAACAUACGAUUAACUCAUAAUCAAACAAUUGGUCGAGUUAUAGCUACUAAUCAACCACCAUAUUAUUAA